CCGGUUCUUAAGGAGGUCUUCACAUCUGGAGGUGUUCCAAAAGUUCAUUGUGCUGUGUAUGUAGGAGAGAGCCAAAAGAAGAGAUUUGUCGUGCCAGUAUCAUACUUGAGCCACCCUCUAUUUCAAGACUUGUUAGCUAAAGCAGAAGAAGAGUUCGGCUUUGAUCAUCCAAUGGGUGGUCUUACAAUAUCUUGCAAAGAGGAUGUGUUUUUUGAUCUUACUUCCCGCUUAAGAAGGUCAUCAUAGUGAAAUUCUUCAAGAAAUGAAAUUUUGUAGAAUAGUAGCGCUUGUAAAUGAGAAAGAGAAUACUAAGAGAGAAAAUUUACUAUAUAGUUCAAAAUUACAAGAACCUAGGAGGGAAAUUUUUUCCUUAUCAGUUUAUGA